UGCCCCUCCUCUCGCUCCUCUCCUCUCGCUCAUCUCCCCUCCCUGCUCUCCCGCCUGCACCCUCUCUCCUCCAUCAGCAUCACACCAUGUCCUCGCCACCCACCGACAACAAGGCUGUCACCGCUGACGAGACUCUCUCUCCUGAGGAGUAUUCCAAGCUCCUUGAGCGCGCCAAUGCCGCUCUGGCCAACCAGCUGAGCGCCGCCAAGACCAGUGUCCCGGCCCCGCCGGUUGGCCCGUGCAUCGAUGCGGAUCUCUACGUCGAUGGCGCGCCAAACCCGACCGCCCUUAAGUGCCAGUACUGCAACUCGUCCAUGCUGGAUGCCAAGGCCGGUACCGUGCGCAAAACCAAAAUUGACCUGCCCGCGCCGGAGAUGCUCGAUGCCCAGGGCAAGAGCAAGCUCAACCCGGAGGACUUCCCCCCCGAGGAGCUUGAGCUCUUCCUCGAGGUGGAUUCGAUCUUCACCUUCCUGAACAUGGGCUUCGCGCAUGCCGUGCAAGGACGCAAGUACAUGUGCUGCGCGGACUGCAACUUCGGCCCGGUGGGGUUCCUCAACACCACCACGAACCGGUGCUGGCUGGCCCGUGACCGCGUGACCGUGCGCCAGAAGAAGUAAUGGGACCCCCCCCCCCGCCCCCUCCCGUGUAACAUGGUCACCAACACUCGGAAAAGAAGAGCAUGCA